AUGAAUGUCUCGUCGUUUACCAAGAUCUCCGCAAGUCACAUGACCUGUAGCCCAAACGAAACAAAUCAUCCGAAUCCGACGCCAGCCGCAGGAUUUUUGGUAUUUUCCCUGUUUUCUACCGAUACAAAGACUGCAGGUGCAGGGACAGCAAUUGCAACCGCAAUUGCAAUCGCAUACGAAUACACAUACAUAUCCUCUCAGUAUUCCAUCACAGAAACGAGAGCUGCGACUUCGACGACAAGAUCAGAAACGUUGAUUCAGGAGAACUUAAACCCGCGGUACGGCAUUGACAGCUGGACUGGCAUAGACGCCAUACCUGGGUCAUUGAUGGCUACUCCCCUGGGAAUGCUGAGGGGAAAGAAUGCGGCGGGAGAGCAUGAGCUCCAUGUUUCCCAAGCUCCCCCGCCAGUUUGUCCAGUUGACGAUGAGGCUAUUGAUCUGAUGAAGAAGGCGGGGGUCGAGCGGGGGGAUGAAGCUGGAGCUGAAGCUGUGGGUGCGAACCCAGAUGUCAAGGUUCUAAAUACGAGGAAUUUGGAUUAUAUUCUUAAAAGCGGGUUGGCCGGGGGGAUGGCAGGGUGUGCGGCAAAAACAGUAGUGGGGCCCCUAGACCGCGUCAAAAUCCUCUUUCAAACGUCAAACCCGCAGUUCGCGAGAUACUCCACGAGCUGGUUCGGUGUCGCACGCGCCAUGCAGGACAUCAACAGAAACGAAGGCAUGCGCGGACUCUUCAAGGGACACUCAGCAACACUGCUCCGCAUCUUCCCCUACGCUGCCAUCAAGUUCCUAGCCUACGAGCAGAUCCGCGCCAUCGUGAUCCCGUCGCGAGGCAAGGAGACGCCCUUUCGCAGAUUGAUCAGCGGAAGCCUGGCGGGCAUUACGUCCGUAUUCUUCACCUAUCCGCUUGAGGUGAUGCGGGUGCACUUGGCGUUUGAGACGAAGCAUGGCAUCCGCGCGUCCCUGAGGAGGAUUUGCAGGCAGAUCUAUAACGAGGGUAGACCUGGCGUGGCUACGGCUACGGCUACGACUAGGGCUACUUCUGCACCAAUCCCACCUACAUCGUCGCCAGACGGUUUCUUCACCAACUCCCCACACCCCCCACGACCCGUCUGGGGCCUCUCAAACUUCUACCGCGGCUUCUCUCCCACACUCCUGGGAAUGCUCCCCUAUGCCGGCAUGUCCUUCCUUACCCACGACACCAUGGGCGACUUGCUCCGCCACCCCAUACUAGCACCCUACACUACAAUCCCUCACUCCGAAAACCUCACCACAACCACAACCACAACCACCGCCUCCUCCUCCUCGUCGCAACCCCAACCUUACAAACACGUCCAACUAAAAGCCUCCGCCGAACUCUUCUCCGGCGCCGUCGCUGGCCUCGUCUCGCAAACCAGCUCGUAUCCGUUGGAAGUCAUCCGGCGGCGGAUGCAGGUGGCAGGCACGAUGGGUGAUGGGCAUAAAGUGGGUAUUGCGGAGACAGCGAGGAGGAUCUUUGCUGAGAAGGGGUUUAGGGGGUUUUGGGUUGGGUUGACGAUUGGGUAUAUGAAGGUUGUGCCUAUGGUGGCGACGAGUUUCUUUGUUUAUGAGAGGGCGAAGUGGUGGUUGGGGAUUUAA